CUAAUGAGUGUGCUGCAACUCAACCUCCAUAAGUCUAAAACGGCUUCGGCGGAGCUACUCCUUGCCCUGGAGGAAGUGUCCGCCUACGCGGCUUUGGUCCAAGAACCGUGGAUAGCGUCGGGCAACACGGUUGCUGGGCUGAAGUCGCUUAAUUACGAUCUGUACGUCCCGACAUUGGUAAGUAGAUCGAGAACUGCCAUCCUUGUAAAAAAGGGGCUAAAAGCUCAUCUACUACCUAAUUACAGCAAUGACGAUCUUACCGUGGUGGUGCUGGAGAGCCGUGAGGGAUGUUUGCUGCUGGCAUCCUGCUACAUGGCCCACGACAUGCCGGCUCCACCUGACGAGCUGCGGAGGCUGGUGGACAUGGUCUGCUCAUCCAAUAAACAUCUAAUAAUCGGAACGGACUCCAACGCCCACCAUAGCGUCUGGGGAAGUCCCGACAUUAACGACAGGGCACCAAUGAUGGGCAGCAAACACAGAUUGCUGUUAGGCUGUCCGUAUUACAGACUAGCACGUUGGUAUUUCGAUUCUCAAAAGCAUCAAGUCUCCCGCACUGAAGGAGCCACUGAGCUUGUUGCUCAAAACCUGACCUGGACCUAGAAGCCUCGACAAGCAAGAGGCAGGAUUCACAGCAUCUAUAUCACCAGGAUUCUUGAUAAGACGAAGUCGGAGAAGCUGGUCAUCACAUGGACAAUCACGGCAUUUGGCGGUCGACCCUUCAUGGAAUUGAUUUCCAAGUCCUUCCUUGAUUUCCUACGAGGUUUCUCCUUUGUUGACUCAAUGUAACUCUCACCAAUGCACUCAUUUUGCAAAAAUGUUGACAAGUACUGAAAUUUGUGAAGCGAGUUUCUUAAUUUUUCGCACAACAUAUUUCACUUAAACUAAACAGUAUCUCUUCUCGAAAUAAGAGCUUAUUAUAAAUUCUUUUAAUUUCCU